UUAUUGCAGUAGCCUACAGUGCAGUAACACUCCACGCGGACCAAACUCCCGCACCUCCUCCGAAACGCACGUCCGUCCGCGCAAAGAGCGCGCGCGCGAGAGAGAGAGAGAGAGAGAGAGAGAGAGAGAGAGAGAGUGAGAGUCGGGGGUGGAAGAUAUCAACUGAAUUUCCGUGACUGGACUUUUUUUUUCUUUUUCCUCCCUUCAUUUCCAAAUUGCACGUAUUUUUUUUCUUCUUUUCCGGUGGCUCUUAUUAGAAGAGUCUCUCAGCAUCCGGGGGCAGCAGCUCUGUGAGGACCCGUCACCUGGAGGAGCUGGACCGCUGCAGGAUCCUGCAGGAAUCCAAACACACACACACACACACACACACACACACAUCCCGGGAUUUCUCUGUCGAGUGGAUUAUAAUCUCAGAAGCACUUCUUCCCUCCCGAGCUUUGCACCGCGCUCCCCUCGCACCAGCAGCCUCUCGGGUGUCAGUCUUGCGGUACUGUGACUUGCAGUAGUAGUGGGGACCGGCUCCACUGCGCCAAGGCACCUCCGCCUCCGUCCGCCGCGAGCGCGCCGCCUCCAUCACUUUCGUCGCGACCAGUUCCCAGAGAUCCACAUCUCUCUCCUCUUUUUUUUUUGUCUGUCAUCCUUCAGUUUUUUUUCUUUCUUUCUUUCGUGUGGUUCUUCAGACCCUCCCUCUCCUGCCUCACAGCCCCCCCCCUCUCCUCCGCUGCCCGUGAGUCAGUUCAAACAGCUGCAUAGGAGAUGUCUGCCCCAGAUGCCGCCGCCGCUGGAGCCCCUGGUGCUCCAGGAGCCCCCGGUGCAGAUGGAGCCCCUGGUGGCGGACCUCCAGCCCCACCCAACACCACCAGCAACCGCAGGCUACAACAGACACAGGCCCAAGUCGAGGAGGUGGUGGACAUCAUGCGGGUGAAUGUGGACAAGGUUUUGGAAAGGGACCAGAAGCUCUCAGAGCUGGAUGACAGAGCGGAUGCUCUCCAAGCCGGAGCCUCCCAAUUUGAAAGCUGCGCAGCCAAGCUAAAGAACAAGUACUGGUGGAAGAACUGCAAGAUGAUGAUCAUGAUGGGCAUCAUUGGAGUCAUUGUGGUUGGAAUAAUAUUCUUGUACUUCUUCUACUGAACUCGGCCCAUCAGUUUGGAUAUGGACUUGAGAAUGACACGAGAGGGAAGAGGGAAUAAAAAACAACUCGUGCCACUCCUCCCUCUUUUAUCCAUCCUCCCCUCCCUCUCUUCACACAGUCUUCCAUUAAAACCAGCUUGCACUUACACAUGACUUUAGUGUUUAUAGGUGUCUCUGCUUUCCUUGUCCCCCCUUUCCCCUCCCUUCUUCCUCCACUGUUUUGGCAUGAAGUCCCACUCACUCGCUCUCUCCUGUGUCUGCACCUCAUGUAUUAUUGACGGCCGCAGCAGGCAGCGGGAGAGAGGAAGAAAAAAAAGGGAAGGAGGGAGAGAGAAAAUCCAUGUGACAUGGGAACACACAGGGCCAAAGCCCAAUGAACGGAGCUUACGGUGGGAAAUGUACCGUGUACAGAGGGUGAACAUGUGCAGGGAGAUUGAACCAGAGUUGCAGUCCUUUCUAUACCCUGAUACACCAAAGCUUGUUCAUAUUAACUUUUUUGAGAGUCCUGCAUUUGUAAAUUGAUCCUGACAUGACAAACUAACACAGUCCUUCUCACCACUGCUCCCACCAUUGCUGCUUCCUAACCCAAGGUCAUGUUAGAUUAAGACUAUGAUCAUUUUUGUUGUAUGCGUGUGUGUAUUUGUGAUCCAAAAACAUUGUAGGUGAUAGCUCUUUCUUCCAAGUUAAGCUGAUAGGCUUUUAGAAGUAACUCUUUCAUUUCCUUUCCUGCCCAACUUUAUCUUACUUAGCCUCUUGCUUCUCCAGUGUUUAGAAAUAUCCAGAAAAGAGAAAAGUGAAAUAGGUCAAACGACUGUAUGAGAGUGUAAGGAAAGGAAAAAGUGAUUCAGGGGAAAAGUAGUGCGAGCAUUGUAGCAUUUUCCCCCCCAGUAUAAAUAAGUGAAAUCAAUUUUCUGCACUGAUAUGCAAUUAUUGACAUAGUUCUGUAAUGAUGCUUUGUUUGUACAGGGGGGUUUUGUACCACAGGUGGUGGCACAGUUUUAUGCUUGGUGAUAUGCACAGCACGGUGAAGAGACAAGCAGCCACUAACAGACAAUCUACCGUACACAUGGACCGACCACUCCGACGCAGAGGAAGGUCUCUCAACUCUGACUUGAGUCACAGCCAUAGACAGAUGAAUGUGUAGUGUCACAUUUGAAACUGGUACAAACGUCCACUUGUUUUGAGGGUUGUGCUGACAAAGAGUUUGUUUGAGUGGUCGCUGUUUAAGUUGACCUGAUCUCUAGACAAGCAGGAAAAUGGGAAAAAAAGACCCGGUGUGGAAACACGGAGCCACCCGGCCCUCCCGCUCGCCCAUCGCUCACGUAAAAAGACUUGGCUGUCACCUGGAGCUCAGUAACAGCCAAAAUGAGGUCUUUGUUUCUAACUUGCAUGGCAAACGGUGUCCAUAGUUUUGCCUAUUUGUGUGACCUGUGUAUCUGCCAUGUCUGAAUCUAACUGCCGAUUGUACAUUUUCUUUUGUUAAUGGUUUAAAAGGCCUAUGUAUAUUUUCGGAUCUGAUUAUUACUGCUUAUGCAAUGCAAUGAUGCUGAAGAGUUUGCCAAGUUCUAAAUCCACUUGCUUUCGAGACUGCAAACGACUGCUACUAUUGUGAACUGUUGAAAACAUGUAGUAUUGUACGAGUAGAACCAUAGUACACAUCUGUCAGAUGAUGCUCCAGAGAAUGUGUUUAUAGAUUCUUUCAGGUUUUUGUUGGGUUAAUGGGGAAAAGAGACUAAUGUUCCUCUCUUGAGACGGUGCAAGAGAGUUGAUGAAAUUGUGAGCAUUUAUGAAUAAUUGUAGCAGUUUUCCCAAUUUAUCGGAUGAUAUUGCACAACAAUAUUAUCGGGUAAUUACCAAAUUAGGAAUGAGAAGGAGUGAUUUACAACCUGAAAAUGAAGAAAGAGAUGCAACUGGAUUUGCAAAAAAAACAAAUGCAUGCUUACCACUUUUGCUGAUGCCAAUAAAGAAAUCAUCGAUAGAGUUGA